AUGCCUGAUCAACAUAAUGUAUCUGUGUUGGGCAUUUUGUGGAACACCACAAGAGAUACGUUUUCAUUUAAAGUAGGUUCUACACCACAUUUGGAACGCAUUUCUAAACGUGAAUUAUUAGGAGAAAUUGCACGCACCUAUGACCCAUGUGGAUGGCUGGCACCACUGAUUAUAGUUGCUAAGAUCCUCAUGCAACGACUUUGGCAGACAGGCACCAAGUGGGAUGACCCUGUGUCAAAAGAACUUCUUGAACAUUGGAUUACUCAUCGAACAUCGUACAACCAUCUACAGCAAUUUGAAAUUAUACGUUAUGUUGGCAACAUAAUGGACAAUCAACAAGGUUGUAUUCUACAUGGUUUUUCAGACAGCUCAGAAAGUGCCUAUGCGGCAGCUAUCUACAUUAUCUCAAAUAACACCGGACAUUUAUUGGCAUCCAAUACUCGUGUCGCCCCGCUGAAAAAAGUCACAAUACCGAGGUUGGAAUUAUGUGGCGCUACACUUCUAGCACAGUUGAUGCAUUCACUAAUGGAGUCACUUCAACUGCAAGUCGAUGCAGUAACAAUGUGGACGGAUUCCACCGUCACAUUGCAGUGGAUACAAAACCUGGCUUCCAGAGGUGCUUCAGGUGAUCAGUUCAUAAAUAACCAUCUGUGGUGGCAUGGACCUGAUUGGCUUUCUGACCAAAACCAAUGGCCAGACAUCAAAUUGAAAACUACAUCAGUGUCAGAUACAAAUGAAGAACUUCGACAUCAACCUACCGUUUCUGUAUCACUGUUAAGCAACAUUGAACCAACGGGGAAAGACUUAUUGACCAAAUGUUCAAAUUAUGAACGCCUCAAUCGCAUUGGUGCAUACAUCUAUCGGUUCUGUCACAAUUGUAGAAAUUCAAAGCGAUUGUCAGAACAUAUUACUGUCCAAAAAUACAAUCAAGGUGUAUAUUUUUGGAUCCGCAUCACACAGCACUCUGUAUUCAGCGAUGAAGUGAAACGACUCAAAUCACUCAAACCAAUUGCAAAGAAUAGUGUAUUAGCCAGCCUUGAUACAUUCAUUGAUGAUACAGGUUUGUUACGCGUUGGUGGAAGACUUAGGCAUGCAGAAAUCUCUUAUGGUCAAAAGAAAGUAUACGGGAAAUCAUCGGUCAUGGAAGACACGGUGAAGAUAACAAAAUUAUGUGCGGAAAACUGGUCGUUAUGGAAGUUCCAGAUGAAGGUCAUUUUAAAUGCCUUGGAAGUAGGUGAGAUAGUUUCAGGUGAAUGGACGAAACCAAGUCUACCUAUAAAGAAGUCGGCAGGAGAAACCGACGAGGAUGCCAAAGCACGUUGGCAAAGGUAG